AAGGAAGGUGAUUGCCGUAUCCCUUCAUUUCUGUUUCAUUUUGCAACUUGAUAGCAUACAAUGACAAUGACCACGGCCGACAGCAAUUUUACUACUGCUGCGCCUACAAGAUUUGAAGUUGAGGCAAACAAAGUUGUCAACCGAGCUCUAGUCACUAUUUCAGCGACGCUUUCUGUAUUGGGUACCACGCUUAUUAUCGGUACGUUUGUUGCGUGGAAAGAUUACCGAUCAACCUCAAGAAGAAUUCUUGUUUACAUCUCCAUCGCUGACUUCUUUGUCGCUACGAGUAACUUGUUUGGAGUAUGGCGGUACAGUUCCCAAAGUGACAUCGUUUGCGAGACACAGAGUUUCGUCUCUACUUGUGCUUCUUUAUGGUCUUUUUUCUGGACAACAUUUCUUGCUGUCUUUUUGUACACUAUUGUAGCUAAGAAAAAGCGUCACAAAGCAGAGAUCAUGCUCAAAGUUUUUCAUGUCUUUGGCUGGGGAAUUCCUUUGAUUAUCGUAGGAACCGCCUUGGGACUAGAUAAACUAGGAAACGAUAAAGAUUAUUUUACAUCAGGGUGGUGUUGGAUAAAGUGGAAUUUAACGACUGAAGAUAAGCACUUGUGGAUGCUGCUGACAGGAAAGGCUUGGGAAAUUGCAGCUUAUAUCCUCUGUUCAGCAUUUUACUUAAUGUUAAAGAUUUACAUUCGCAGAGAGGUAAGUUUUGUAUUUAGAAUGUUGUCUGUUAAAUAUAUUAUUUGAAAAAAAACAAAAACAAAUGAAAAUCCAAAGCGUGACUAUUAGGAGCCUUUAUUUGAUCAAAAGGUCAUUUAACGUUGAAUAAUGAUUAUGGAUAGAUACCCAAGCUCCAUGGGACAAAUCCAGGAAAUUCAGAAAGAGGGAAGGGGGUAAGGUGGCUUAGUUUAUGAUGUGCCAGCUUUAUACAUGCUAUUUAUUGAUAUAAGAACUCCAAGAGCAUUUAAGUCUAGAUAUCAAAAGGCUUUGUUUAAUGUGGCUAAUAUGGACAGUAAUGGGUCCAUAGAAAGUGUCCAUAUUAAUGGUGUGUCCGUACCCCUGGGGGGGGGUACUCCCUUAAAUGGGCUUCAUGGGGACGUGCGGCCAGCCAGGGUAUGUUUUUCGGGAUUUUUGUCUUAGACAGGGUAUCAAUUUUAUCAUUUUUUGUCUUAAUCAGGGUAUCGAUUUUAUCAAUUUUUGUCUUAAACAGGGUAUCUUUUCUUGGACAAUAACAGCCUGCGCGUAUGUUCUACGAACUAAACUGAGAGAUCCUUUUUGAAAACCAUAUUUUAUAUGAAAAAGUCAUCUCAAUAAAGAUUAUUAUCAUUAUUUAUUAUUAAAAUUUUGUAUUUAUUAUCGUCUUACUCAGGGUAUGGUUUCGGGUUAAAUGUCUUAAACAAGGUAUCAAAAAUUGGAAUUCUGUCUUAAACAGGGUAGGAAAAUCAGUGACUUUUGUCUUAAACAGGGUCAGGGUAUACGGGGCCGGGCGCACCUCCCCACCCAAGGAUAUAUUGAGUGCCCCCCUGGUCCAUACUAAGCAGGUUGAAUUUAAAGGAAAAGUAAGGGCUUUCUUUCCCCAGAGAUAAAGCAAACAUCUGUAACUGUCCCGCUGUAUGUCAGUGUAAGUGCUGUAAGCAUGUUUGCAUUUGUUUUGAGUGAGUGCUACACAAAAAUUAAAAACGUUCCUCAUAUAGAGUCUGCCUAGACUGCGAGCAGUCUCUUAUGUUUCUUUGCAAAGUUACUGUACAUGAAACCUAAGCAUGCGGGGGCAAAGCCGCGAGCCACGAGAAACGAGGGGGUUAGCCCGAGAAGAAAAAAUAAGAUGCUGCUGACUCUUUUGUUUUGUCUGGGGACAACGAAGCUGUCAAGGUAAUUUAAUUAAUCAAUUAAACCUAAGUAACUUGAAACGAUUUAUAAAUAGAACAUAAACAACUGGAAAAAUUACAAUUCUUUAAAUCUGGUAAGAUGCCUUGAAUUCCUUUCCCUUGAGGAAAUUUACAGCAAUUUCCUUCUGUAAGAUAUCCUUAAAAGUUUUAUUACUGAGAUUACUGCUUGGUUCGCUAUUUUUUGGAGUUGGUUGUGACGCGUGACUAUUUUUAUUGCUUGCAAUCUUACCACAGACCAGUCAAUUAUCUGUCAACAGUUGUGCAAUUGACCAAUCGGGUACUCCGUUUCUGGGCUGACGGAGGGUUUGUUUACUACAAAAGAGUCAGCAGUCCAUCUUUUCUCGUCUGGCCUCAAUCCGUUAUUGGAAUAGUAAUGCCUUGGUUUGCAAUUGCACUGGAUGAGAUAAGAACUAGAUGGAUUUUAAUAGAAAAGGCGGACUGCAAGCAGUCUAGAGUCUGCCUCAAAAACCUUACGGUUUAUUUAUGCCCUAGCCAUUUUGUAUAUAAAAUGCUUGUUUUCUAAAAUAUAGUAUAUUAAAAAACCUUAAAAUAAGAAAUUGAGAAAUAUGAAUAAAAAAUUGUUGUGAUUGUCUGCAAGACAGACUGGGAGAUAUUUUUAGAAAUCAAACAAAAUUUCAGACAAGGGGUUUGGGGUGAUAAGUGGAUUUUUUAUUUUUACGGAUCAGAGUUUACAUGAUUGUAUAUUUGUUAGCAAUACAAAAACAUCACAUCACCCUGUUAGACUGUUUGGUAGAGGUUGAAUACAACACUGUUAGCCACUGGGGAAGUCUAGAUGAUGAUUGCUAAACUUAAUGUGGGCAACUGCUCAAUAGAUAAGUUUUAACUUUACAGUAAAUAAUGGGAAUAAAAUUCUGUUUUUUUGAUAAUUAGUGAUAAGUGAUCAAUUAUUAUAUAAAAGAGGGUUACCACCCGGAAGAUUAUUGUUUGAAAGGAAUGACUGUGAAUGGUAGAAAUACAAAUUUAAAUGAAGAUAUGAUAUUUAUAAUGAUACUAAUUGAGCAGUUUGUUAUAAAAUAUGCAUAUUAAUUUGUUUGCAUUUCAUACAAGUCGUACUAAAUAAAACAAAACCUUUGAUCAGUUGACUAGUGUCAUUUAGUGCACAUGCUGUAGAUCCUUAAAUACGUACCCAAGUGCUUUUUUUAAAAAAAAUUGCUUUAAAAGUUUGCUGCUUAUGCAAAGGAAGUUGCUAAAUUGAUAGAGUGGGAACAAAAAGGACGUUUGUGGGUGACAAAUUACCACUAUCAGAUCAAAUAUAAAAAGAACAUAUAGUGCGCAAUAGAAUUCCUAGAAAGCACAUGCAGAUAGAUUGAAUAAUAGCUGUCCUUCUAUUGUUUGUGUAGACAAAGAUUAAAAAAAAUUAUGAAAGUAAGAAAAGAAACAGGGUUUUCUUGUAGUAUCUGUUUGAUCAAAAGGGUUGAUAAGGAAGGGGAAGUUUAUCCAAGGGGUUUGCUUAUCUCUUAGUAUUGCCAUAUAUAAGGGUGAACAAUGGGAGGGCUCUUUAUGAGCAUGGAUGUUUUGUUGUGGAAAUUUGGUACAGCAACUGACGCCAGUCAGACUGCAGUAGUACUCAAACUAUAAAAAAUACUGUCCUCACAUACUUGUAUUUUAAUAAAAUUUGAUAAAUUAUGUGACUUCAUUUAUUUAUAAUGUGGGAAGCAUUACAUACAUUACUCAAUGCCGGCUCUGAAGAUUGAUUUUGGAGCAAGACCAAUUAGUCUCAGUGUCUCAAAAUAUCUUUACCCAUUAAAUCAUGGCCCAAUUUUAAUUUAAAAGUGGGUGUUCGCCACUUUAAAAGCGACAAGGAAACUAGGCCUAGUUGGCUUUUGCAAAGACUUGUGGGACCGUUACUCGGGAUGCACCAUACAGUUUAGUAUUGGCCAAUACAGUUUAGCAUUGGCCAAUACAGUCGAAGAAGUCUUUGCCAAAGUUAACUUGGCCUGGUGUCCUUCUUAUUUCUAGAGUGACUAAUAAUUACGAUUGAGUCUUCAGGCUGCAGUCCUUUAUCCUGUUUAUCCUGUCAAGUUACUCAUAUUUUUUAUUGAUCUUUUGCUCAUAGACCUAUUGUUUUAAAACUUUAGUAGAGUGCUUGUGUGGAGUGUAGAACCACUGCAUUCCCAAGUAAAUGUUGAGUAAUUUGAGUUCUGUUAUCGGAUGCAUUUGUAGGUUCGUUACCAGCACAAUCAAGUAUCAUCUCAGCAGUCAAGAGACAAUGCCUUGUUGAAAGUGGAACGAAGGCUGACUCUUGUUCCUGUUAUUUUUGUUCUGGUGCGCAUAUGGGGUACAAUUCGCUUUAUUCUGUAUUUAUCAGAGCGAGAUAAUUCCAAUACAUGGUGGGAAAAUGUCUUACUAUAUUUCCAGGUUUGUUGUUUAUUAAUAAAGCUACUAUGCCAAUAAAUUGUGUUAUAGGGGAUCAUUCUAAGAAGCUGAGUCAAGUUUCAAAUUAAAGUGAAAUAAAAUUGCCUCAUAUACAGACACCUGUUAAAGCGCUUACUUUAAGUCCCCUUUAAGUGGUCCAUUGAAGUUCUUAAAGUGCCCACUUUAAGACCCGCAAAAGUACGCACUUUAAAACCCCUGAAAGUGCGUAAUUUUAAGAACCGUUUAAGUGGGCACCUAUAGACCCCUUUUAAAGCGCCCAUUUUAACAGCUGUUCUAAGACCCCUUAAAGUCUUUAAUACACACUUUUAAGACUUUAGAAUGUAGUUUUUAAUACUCGUUAAGUCCCAUUUUUAAAAUCCCUUUAAAUAUCCAGUUUAGACCCUUUAAAGUGCGCUCCUUUGCAGACCCCUCAAAGUACAAACUUUACGAACAGUGAUCCUUUAUUGACCAAGCGUGAGGUCAAGAUGGCUGAAUAUUGGCCUCGUUCUUUUUUGCAUUUUAUUGACCCGGACGAAUAAAAACGCAAAAAAGAACUUGGCAAAUAUUCAGCGACAUUGACCCACGCUUGGUCAAUAACGUCAAUACUGCAUAUGUUGUAGUUCAAUUUUAUCCUUGGUUUAAUUUUUAUUUUCCUUUGUCUUUAGGUAUGGUGAUGUAUGAUAAUGAGUUUAGAACAAAGGAAAAUAACAAUUAAACCAAGGACUAAAAUUGGACCACAACAUCUAUAUCCCUUGUGGAAGAUUUAUACAGCAAAUAAUUUAGGUUUUAAGUUUAGAAUUUAGAAGUCUCUUUCACUGUUCCGAUACUGGGGGACGUAGACUGACCAAGCUGCUUUGCUCAUCAGCUUUCAAACUGCCCUUUAGGAGUAUAUUCCUUGCUUUCGCAAGGCAAAGUGAUGAUGAUGAAGGUGAUGAUGAGCCGCUUACGGCAAUGAUGAUCGUUAUAAGCGGCUCGGCUCUACCGACAUAUCAGAUCCGUGGACAUACAUUCUUUCUGAAGUUUCGAUUUCUUUCAAAGAGAGAUUUUCCGAAACUAAUCGGCAUGCCCUGCUCAAAUUUUCACAGAUAAGUAAAAUUGUUCUACACUUUCAAUAUUAAGGGAAGCUUUUCUAAAAGCUUGAUCAGAGACUGAAAGGUAUAUAAAUAAAUAAAUAAAUUGGUUUAUUGCUACCUUUUGCAGUGAGAACUGAAUUACAGGUAGGGUCAGAAAUAACGGGAAUCUAAGGUAAUAAAUAAUACAAAAUAAGUAUGUAAAGCGCUUAGGAAUCUAAAUAGGUGGCAUAUUUGCACGUUACAAACUGUGCAAAACGGUCGGUGUUGGUUUGUUUGGAUACAAUGUUGGUAUUCCUUCUAAGAUAUGUUAAUGAGGCAAAAAAAUUUACGUCUCGUAAUAUAUUGAAUAAUGAUAUAUUUGUUUUUUUUUUGUUGCAACUGUUUGUAGGGAAUUGGAGACAGCAGCCAAGGUUUUUUCAACUUUUUGCUGUUUUGUCUUUUCACGGAAAAGUUUCAGACUCGUCUCAGGUUAGCUGCCCAUAAUCUGCUUCUUCACUGCAACAAAGAAAAGUCUGUGACAGAUAAAUACGAAGACAUGUGCAAUACUCAGGAAAUUCUUGUUGACUGA